AUGGGCUCCAUCGAGGCAGGAGGCACAGAACUUUUCCAAGGCACUCUCAUAGUAGGAGGGGGCCCGGUUGGGAUGUUGACAGCUCUUAGGCUGGCACAACUGGGGGGUACCAUGCACACUAUGCGAAAGGAAUACCGAGACAACACGCUGGCCCAAGAUGGACAACAACAGUUGCCAUACAAUGGAGAUCUUGCGUAUAAUGGGGCUUGUCGAGGAAUAUCGACAACAACCCGGCAUAUCCCAAGCAACGACGAUUAUCGCGCCAAGAUUCACGCAAAUAACGAUGGCUCACAACCUGCAGAGCCGGGUCAGCGUUGCUCGCAGAUAGUGCUCGAAGCGUUUUUGAAGAAAAAAUGCCUCGCCGAACCCCUCAUCACGAGUCACAUUGGCUAUAAAUUUAUAUCGCUCGAGGAAGACGAUGAUGGAGUCACUGCUACUUUCACAGAUAUGGAUAAUCAACAAAAGAAGAUUAAAGCGCCUUACUUGGUUGGCGCAGAUGGUGCGCAGAGUAAAGUAAGGAACAGUGUCGGUAUUAAACUCCAGGGGAGACCUCUGCCAGGUGCCUUCUUCAUGGUCCACUUUCGGUCCAAGGAACUCGCGAAGCAUUGCCCAUUCGGCAAGUGGUGGCACGCCUUUGGCCUCCACGGCGGCUUCAUGAUUAAUCAAGACGACGUCGACACCUUUACCUGCCACGAACCUUGCUCUGCUGAUGCCGCAGCCAUCAAAGAGCUCCAGAAACAUCCCGAGGAAAUCCCUUAUCGAGUCCUUGGCAGUCUCGGCAAGCCUUACAAAUUUGAAAUCGACGAAGUCUUGCUGGCCAAUGCCUGGCGUCCGAAUUUUGGUCUUGCAGACUUCUAUGUCAGUCGUGAUGGACACGGCCGUGUGUUCCUCUGCGGCGACGCUGCUCACCGUAACCCUCCACAUGGUGGCUAUGGCAUGAACAGCGGCGUAGAAGACGCCUUCUCGCUAGCGUGGCGACUCUCUGCUUUACACAAAGGCAUCGGCGGAAUCAAUCUUGUUACUUCAUAUACGAAUGAGCGCAGACCGAACAUGAUGAUGCGCCUCGAACGUUGUGACGCCCAUAUCGGCAAGUUCACCCCUAUGAUCAUGAGUGCUAUGACCGCACCGAGCACAGGAACUUUCCUCGAGGAGAGCGAGGAAGGAGAAAAAGCACGAGCUGAGGUAGCAAGGCACCUGGAUAGCGUGGGACCCGAAAACAUUGACCGUGGAGUGGAAUUGGACCUGAGAUAUUUGAAUAGUGAAGUUAUCGUGAGCGACGGGACGAAGGAGCCGAGAUUCGAUAACAUGAACUAUACCCCGAGUACACGGCCCGGACACAGGGCGCCGCAUGUAUUCUUGAGGGAUGAUCAGACAAGUAUUGUGGAUCUCUAUGGAACAGAGUGGUCUUUGAUGGACUUCUCAAAGGUUGCAAGUGAUUUUCAAACGACCAAUGACUUCUUCAGCUUCGAUGACAAGACGACGUGCCCGGUGGAGACAUUCAAAGCUGUAGCCAAGGCAAUGAAGAUGUCAUUGACGCAUGUCCAGCUGGAUGCCGGAGAGAAGCACGUCAAGGACGUAUGGGAAGAUUACGAUUAUGUUUUAGUCCGUCCGGACGGGUACGUCGCCUGGCGUGGAGGCAAAGAAGGGGCGAGGGAUGAACGUUGUGAGCUGAACGAAGGACGGAUCAGGAACAUCUUGAGAAUUGCUCUGGGCUGGAAGACAGACCCUGGGUUUGUGGCCGGGGAGAGAAGGGGACUCAAUAUCGGAAGUAAUUUGACAAGCAUACAUGGCGUAGCCGAGGAGCUUGGGGUGGGUGAAGGCCAUGGGGAUGCUUUUGUGGGAGUUUUCAAAGAGGACAUGAGAAAAUAA